AGCCGAAACUGUAAUGGGCGGAGUCACCAUGGAGAGUCAAGAGUUUUCCGUUAACCACACAUUUCUGACCAUUCAUUUUUAGUCCAUGCUGCGAGGGACGUCGUUGAUAUAUAAGGAGCUCACGAGCCGUAAUGACCAGACGUGAAACAUGAUGCGAGAGAUAGCAGCAGUGGUUUUCUUUCUUAAGAGACUCGUGAAGAAAGGGGAGAAGCUGGAAUCUGACAAGAUCGAGCUGUUUAUCGAGAGGCUGGCUGUUGCGCUACAGGAGAAGUUCAAGGGUCACUGGUACCCCGAAAGCCCCAGCAAAGGCCAGGCAUACAGGGGCAUCCGAAUAAACAGAUUCAAUAGGCAGGAUCCGGAUCUCCUUCGGGCUUGCCGGGAGAGCGGGAUAAAAUAUAGUGACCUGGGACUUCCUCGUGAGCUCACGCUGUGGGUGGAUCCUGGAGAGGUUUGUUGCAGGUAUGGAGAGCAAAAUCCUUGCUUCUCAGUCGCCACUUUCAGGAGUGAUGAUGAGGAUGAUAAAGAUGUUGCAAAGAAGGUGACCAGCGCUCUGGAGAGAGUGACAUCGGACUACCAUUCGGGUUCUUCUUCUGACGAGGAAAGCACCAGCAGUUCCCCCCUCACUGUCCCCAACAGCCGCUGGACCCACCAGACCAUGAACCCUGGAGCCCCUUCCUGGCACCCCAAAAAGAUGGUGCCUGGGAAGGGUCACAUCCUUCCACGGCCUCACUACGGCUACAGGCCUCGCGGCAGAGCCUCCCACACGUUGAGGAGCAACGUUUGGAUCCCUCCCGUCUACAGAGCGUGCCCUGACUACUGGGACACGCAACAGAACGUGGCACAUAGUUACAGUUAGGGACCACGGUGCUUGUUGUUCACACUGGACAUUAAACCUAGAAAAAACUUUGACUGAGAUUUUUUUUUUUUUUUUUAAAGAAACAUGAAUUUUUAUAACACAAAUAUUGUUUUUCAGUCUUUUUUGCACUUUAGAUCUUUUUGUUAUAGUUGGAAUAAAUUGUAUGAAAUUAGGCAAUAAAAUUGGAAUUCUACAUGUGUAAUUUUGUGAAGUACUGUAUUUUUACUACAGGAGACGUUCAUGUAUGCAGCUUAAUGUCCUUUGUGAUGAAAUGUUUUAUUUAUUAAGCAAAGAUUUUCAGAUGUAUAGGCUUAAUGUUAUAAACUUUUAUUAAACAUUUCCAAGCAUCACA